CUAACAGGGUCUCAAUUCAGGGUAAUUCGCAACGGCUGCUGCAAUGGAGCCGUCGGAUACCUCCUCAGGAUUGUCGCCGUCCCUGGUGGCGCGUGUGGGGCCAGGCAACAUCCGCUCGCUGAUCCUAGAGAAGGAGAAGGAGCUGCACGACAUCAACGAGUACCGUAUCCGCACGUUGGAGGCACUGCUGCGAGACAAGGAGACCGCCGCCACUGCAGCCAAACAGAAGCUUAACAAGCUGCAGGAGGAUUUCAAGUACAAUUUAAAGCUUUUAGAGGGACGAGACGAGGAAUUAGCGCUGUAUGACGCGAAUUUUGCCUCACUUAAGAACGUCGUGAGGGAUCGAGAGGCGGAAUUGAGUGAAAGUAGAGCUAGGGAGGCAGAAUUUCAAGCAGAAUUGCAACGGGCCAAAAAGAGAGCUGGCGAACAGGAGGUUCACUAUCAACAGAAGCUCAAAGAUGCCAGAGCUCAGAUGGAAGGCACAAGGUGGAAGUUUGACGAUGAAUUGAGGCGUCAAGAGGACGCGAUGGAGUCUCUGAGACGCAAUAUGGAGCGACAGUUGCGAGAGAAGGAUGAAGAAGUAGAGAACCAACGGAGAGAGCUUACAGUGACGCUCGACGAUGCCAUGAGACAGCGGGAGACGGAGUUUAAACGGGCAAAUGACGAGUUACAGGGUAAAUUGAGGGAGUUAGAGCUGAAGAACAAGGCCUUAACGAGAGAUACAGACGCUCAGCAAGCAAGAGCGGAGGAAUUGAAGACCAAGAAUGAGAAUCUUCAACAAAUUUUGCAGGAAAAUGACAAAGAGAUAAAGACGUUGGAAUGGACUUUGGCGGAUGUGAAAGCUGCUAAAGAUGUUAAAAUAGGGGAAUUAGAGAGCGAAGUGGCCAGGCUCAAUGACGUUAAGCAGGAGCUAUUGGAUGAGUACGAAACCAAGAUGGCAGAGCUGCUGCAGUCGCUGCAUGCAGUGGAGAAGGCGUUUGUACAGCAGAAGACGCAGUAUGAUGAGGAACUGCAGAGGCACACGGAGCGGAAGAAAAGCGAAGCUCAAGAGGCGAGCGCCAGGAGCGAAGCCAAGCUGGAAGCUCUUACUAUAAGGCUACGUGAGAGCGAGGAGAGGGCCGAGGCGCUCCAAGCUGAGCUGAAACAGGCUAAGUGGGAUGCUGACGAUAAACUAAUGGACAAGGAGCGCGAGGUGGGGCGUGUCAAGAGUGCAUUACAGGGCCUUGAAGACGAACAACAUCGUGUAGCCAGUGAAAUGCAAAAACAACUUCGACAAGGAGAUCGAGAGACGCAGGCACUUCAGGAAAGACUGCAGGAUUCUCAACGACAAAUAGCCUUACUCAAGGAGAAAGACAAGGCACAACGGCAGGAGCUACUUGAGAGCGUGGAGAAGCAGGAAGAUCUACAGCGCGAGCUCGUUACAGUUAAUUUACGGUGGGAAAACCGAUGGCAAGAACAGCAACAAGAGCUGGAUGAACGACACGAGCUUCGACUUCGCGAGUUGCAACAAGUAAAAGAUCGUCUUCUAAAUGAAAAGGAGGCUGUGGAGGAACGUCUAGUUCACGCUGAGAACGAGGUACAGCGACUGCGUUCCGAAUUGUCAACUUUGAAGUCUAGUGCACGUAUCUCUGAGUCGUUUGGCUCUCAGUACGUUGCAUCCGCAGCCAGACGAAGUGGAGAAGUGCGGCAUUCGUCGGAUUCAGUUCCUGUGGCUCCCUCCCCGCUGUGGAGUGACGAUCCCGGCACUCUUUCUCCAAUGCCUGGUAUAUCUCCGCUGCUUACGAACAGCCCACAACGAAUACUCAGAGCAGAGACCAGCAAGAGUGCUAAUGCGUUAGAAUUAGAGAACGCAAAGCUGCGGGAUCUAAUUCGACAGAUGAAGGAAUCACUUGCCCAGCAGGCUGAAGAGAUGGAGGCAUCACCAGGACAAAAAAGUGGGAGUCGAAGCGCUUCAAAACUUGCAGCACAACUACUAGAAGUUCAAGAACGCUGCGUCGCACUUGAGACGAAACUUGGGGAGAAUGUGGAUGGAGAGGGCAUAGCUUUGCAGCUUGAAAGCUGUAAGCGGGAGCUUUUGGAAGCCCAGAACGUUAUAGAAGCUAAGAACACGCAGAUCGCAGAGUUAGAAGCCCGGGUAAAGGAACUGGAGGCGGCUAAAACAGAGCCCCAUUUACAGAGCGGCCAAGUAGUUCAUGAAGCCCGAUUGACGGAUUUGAGGGGGAAACUUGAAGCUGCAAACAACGAUAUCGACCGUCUGGUGAAAGAGCGCAGCCAGCUCAUGGAACUGAGCAACCAGCUUCGUGCUGAUCUGCGUCGAAGCGGGUCUGGAGACGCUGGGUCGAGAUCAUCGACACCUCGUGUGGAAUUCGCUGGUAAAAAAGAUUACGAGAAUAUGAUUACAGAACUCACUCAAUCGUUGGAGGAGGCUCGAGUUCACAACAAGACACUCAAGAAGGAGCUUCGUCGUAUGGUGAAAAUGCAGGUACAACUUCAGCAAGAUCGAGAAUCGCAGGGUUUGGGAGGUGAAGCUGGCGAUAGAGACACGAAACUAUCAGCUUCACCUCGAGAUGAUGAUAAUGGUCCCGAAAGACGAAGAUCUAGUACUUUAUCGAUGAUGAAAUUGCUGGAUCCUGGACCUGCGCGAACUAAAACUCGAUCGAGUAGCUCUGGAUCUGACGGUGGAGAAGGAGGUACGAGCAAGAGAGACCUAGACGAGCAGUUGUUGGCUCUCGCACGAAACAAAAGGCCGAGUGUUCAUAGUCAAGAGAUUAAAACUCUUAAGACAACGCGUGCAGUACCAUCAACGAUCUCAGAACGUGCAACGGAUAGCGACGCAGAGGCCGAAGUCUCUGCGAAUGAUGAUCGAGACGGGGAGGAGGCAAAAGGUGGGGAGGACGUGCCUUCUCGAAACACUGACAAAUCUCCACUUUCAAGGCUCUUUCAGCCCCCAGACCGACGGGAUUCAGAGGGUUCCAAUGCAACGAUCGGUGCCAGUUCCAGCGCCAAGGUCACGGAUGCGCGGCUGAAGCUGCAGCAAGCCAAAGAAAUGCUCAUGCUGUCCGGGAAACGACCACCUGUUGCAGGUUCACGUGCUAGCCUCUCGACAUUUGCCGCACAAACUGCAACUGGAGCAGCUCGUGUGAGUGAUCGUGAAACAAGCAGCCAGAAAUCUGCCGUAAAGAAACUCAAGCAGUUGCAAUCCAAGCGAGCUGAAAUGGUGAGUGAGCGCAAGAAGGUGCGCAACUACAACCUGUCGUCAUAACAGCAACACCGAUCUCGGACCGUAGAGUAACAAUACCAAACACCGUCGUAAUGAUAGCUAACUUUAUUCCUACCUUGU